AUGCACGGCAUUCUCGAGCUCUCGCUGCAGCUCCUCAACUCGUUUAGUCCGGCCAAUCUUGGUCAAUCUGGAGCCCAGGUGCCCCUUCAAGGCGAACACAGCACAGCCACACCAACAACAAAGUCGUCCGGGAUUCCGGACUAUUUUGUAACAGAUGACGGACAUUUCCAAGGCCCCACCCAAACUGGCGCUGCGCCGUUCCUUGCACAGACAAAUCUAGCACCUUUUGCUGGUGUGUCGUACAUACCCAAUACGCCUCUGGAAACCCAGAUCCCCAUUGCUGGUAAUGCGGACAACAAGAACAUCUUCCAGAGCCUAGCAAAUAUCAGCCCUUACUUCCCUAAUCCGAGAGGUUUCGGCGUGAACGAAUACUCGAUACCGCCUGGCACCAACGUAACAUGGCUGAACAUGGUUCAUCGCCAUGGGAGUCGGUAUCCCGAGGUUAGUGGUGAAGCGGCAGAGAGGACUCUAGGAAAGAAGCUUUCAGAUGCUGCCGGCAAGUUCACUGGCCAUGGGCCCCUCUCUUUUCUCAACGAUUGGAAGUUCCUGCUCGGCGCCGAGAUCCUGGUCCCCAAUGGCAAGCAAGAGCUGUUUACUUCUGGUACCCUGCACUAUUACCAAUACGGUCACCUGUAUCCCAACAAUGGAAGCAAGGUCGUUGUUCGGAGUACAACGCAGCGACGCAUGACAGAGUCGGCAGAGUACUUCCUUGCGGGCUUCUUUGGUUUAGGUUGGUCGCAAAAUGCGACGCUUGAGUUGGCCAUUGAGGCUCCUGGUUUCAACAACACGCUUGCUGGGUACAAGCAAUGUAAUCAUUCAAGCUGGCCUAUGGCUCGGGAGGGUCUUAUGGAGUGGAUUGGCGUAUAUCUUCACGACGCUCAUCAAAGGUUCAGGAGCAACCUUACUGGUGAUCUUGACUGGACAAUUAGCGAUACAUACAACGCUCAAGCUCUAUGUUCGUAUGAAACUGUCUCGCUCGGUUUCUCCCACUGGUGCGGUCUCUUUACCUACGAAGAGUGGGAGGGCUACGAAUAUGCUCUGGACCUUUCAUUCCAGGCUGGUACAGGGUUCGGCUCUUCUGUUGGCCGAGCUAUUGGCGUCGGCUACGUUGAAGAAGUCCUCGCUCGCAUGCAACACCAUGUCAUCACUUCCCCUUCCGCUCAGAUCAACAUCACCCUUGAUAACAACACCGUCACCUUUCCCAUAGACCAAAACCUCAAUCUGGACUUUAGCCAUGACGCUGGCAUUAUAAGCAUCCUCGUCGCGUUCGGCAUCACGCAGUUUGCCGAAGUACUCCCAACAACCCAUAUCAAAACGCCACGCGAGUUCAUCCUCUCGCACCUCCAGCCCUUUGCUGGCCGUCUCGAUAUCGAAGUCAUCAAAGCGCCUGCGCCUGUCAACCCCAAUCGGUCGGACGAGAAGGUUUACCUUGACGGACCGCCGACUAGCUACGUUCAUUUCAUACUUAACCAGAGGACUAUUCCGCUGGGGCGGAGUCACAAGGAAUGUGGUGAUAGAGAUGAUGGGUGGUGCGAUAUGGAGACUUUCCUCAAGGUUAUGCAAAAGCAGAUUGAGCUUGCGGAUUAUGAUUACGCUUGCUUUGGCGAGUAUGAUGCUCCUGCAUAUGGAGAGGUUACGGACGGACGGCCGGUUAGGUAA